CCUCCCCUGAUUCGGGAUCGGACGUCAAAUAACAACAGUUGAAAAUGGGAAAACUCAAUACAUUUAUGAUUCAGCUUCAAAAUCAGAAUGCAAUAUUUUACCCAGGACAACCCGUUCACGGACAGGUGUUUGUUGAUUUGAACGCAGAUAUGAAAAUGAGAGAAAUUCGACUCAAAUUUGAAGGAUAUGGCAAUGUCCAUUGGUCAGAACAACACUCAUCAGGCUCUGGAAAGAAUCGUCAUACCAGAACUGUACAUUACAGGGCUCGGGAAAACUACUUUGAUAUAACUGUCGCUUUAUACGGACAGUCUCUAGGACAUGGUGAGAAGCUGCCUAGUGGACAACAUAACUUUCCUUUCCAGUUCAUGCUGCCACCCACCUUACCAUCUUCCUUUGAACAUCAGUAUGGACAGGUCAGAUACUUGUUGAAGGCCACCAUUGACAAACCGUGGAAAUUUGAUCAUCACACUAAACUACCAUUUACAGUUGUUUCUCUACUAGAUUUGAAUGCCAUUCCAGAAGCUCCGCGACCAAUGCAGAAUCAGGUAGCAAAGACUCUUUGUUGUUUAUGUUGCGAAUCAGGGCCCAUAACUGGUGUUUUACGAGUAGACAAAAGUGGAUAUGUUCCAGGGGAAGCUAUCUAUCUUCAGGGGGAAAUACAGAAUUUGUCAAAUACCGAAUGUUCGGUAGAAGUCAAGCUUAAUCUGAACAUACUGUUUCAUGCAACAUCAAAAACCAGGUCAAUUCCCCAGGAGGUGACAAAACUAGUUUUAGACCGAUCCAAUCCUGGUGAAACACAAAGCUUAUCAGGCAAAAGGAUAGUUAUCCCUCCUGUUGCACCAUCUUUCCUGGCUGGAUGUACCAUCAUAGACAUCAGAUAUCAUUUAGAGUUACAUGUCAACCCGUCUAGUGUGUCAAAACGUUUAGUAGUUCCUGUCGAUAUCAUCAUAGGAUCAAUACCAUUAAGAAGUUCAUUUCAUAGUAUCAUGCAGCCUCAGCCAGCUAUUGCACCCCAUGACGUAAAUAUUAAUGUAGUUGGUCAAGGCCCAGGAGCAUUUCCAUCAGCACCAGAACUACCUCCACCAUCUUAUGCAGAAUGUGUAUUUGGAAAAACAGACAUGCAUGAUGAAGACGACAAUGAACAUACAAAAGGUCAAAUGUCAUACGCUCCUGCAUACCCAUACUACAAUUUCUCAUAAUUAUUGAAGUUGUGAAGUAAUUUUAUUGUACAUGUAUAUGCUUACAACAAUUUAGAGAUAAGAUAAAGUAAUAUUUGUAAAUGUAUAUUUUACUGUGAACUUUUUACAAGGUUGAAAUGUCAUUGUUGAGAUUGUUUAAAGAAAAAUUAUGAAAUCCAAUUUUUGACUAAGUGUGAGUUGUCUCCCACUUAUGAAAGAGUUAUUGUUCUUUUUUUAUAUAUUAUCCAUGACAUUUUAGAUAUAUAUAUAUUUAAGAAUAAUAGUUAUUUUCAAACCUUAUAAAAGGUAAUAGAAAAUUGCACUUAAAUUUAAAGUAUCACAAACUUAGAUAUUUUCAAAGGAAACAAAUGUUAAAAUUUGCUGUUAAAAACUAUAUAAACCUGAUAACAAAUGGGAGACAACCCUUUACAAAACCUACUCCUGUGAAACAGGGUCACUAAAAUUGUAUUCAGAAUUGAAUAUCAUGAAUAUUUAGAUACAACUUGUUAUAAGAUCAAAUACCAAACAAUGAAACUUGCUAUCUGCUGAACUUUAAAAGAUUGUGAUUUAUUUAACUCUUUUAAUUUGAAGAGUUGUGUAUUUUUUAUAAAAAUAUAUAUUAUUUGGUUAAGACAAAUAAAACAAAAGCAUGUGAAAUAAUUUUUUUUUUAGCAAAUAAUAGUUUUAUGUAUGUUUUACAGUUUUCACUUUGAUGUUUUUGGUACGAAGAAAUAAUAGAAAUUUAUUUUUUUGAUAUUUUGUGUUGACAAUCAAAUAUUAAUUCUAUAGAAUGCACUGUUAAAAUAGAACAAGGAAAAUAACUCAAUAUAUUUCAAAAAUCAAAAUGAAUGGAAACUUUUAGACAUGUUACAUGGCAAUAAUCUUCUGUGAACAGAGAUAACAAAAACAAGAUUAUCUCUUUCAAAAUUAUUGCCAACUUUGAAUUGCAAAAUUAAUCAACCUUAUUGUAAAAAAAAUAAAAUGCAGUAGAGGUCUUGAAGAAGAAAAUUUUAAAAUAAAAGUCCAAUGAAAAGUCUCUCUGAUAAAUAUGAUUUCUUUUUAUCAUAGAAGGAAGAUAUUUGUUAACGUCCUUAUCCUCUUGAAACAUAUUUUGAUGGAUAUUACGCAACACUAAUAAUUUACAUAGUUUGAAAGCCAGUUACCAACAUUUUAGAAUUAUAUGCAGUCAUAACAAGUUUAAGUAUUGAUUGAAAAAAUAUUAGUUCUGCUGAAAUUUAAUUUGCAUACAAUCUUGAACAGUAAUAUAUCCUUAAGGUGUAUAUUUUACAUACAAAAUUUACUUAUAAAAGUUAUAUCUACAAUGAAACAUACAAACAUGUAACUUUAUAUACAAUAUAACAUAGAAAUGUUACAUAUAAAAUGAUACUUAAAUGUUGCUUACAAAUGUUACAUGUAAAAUGUUACUGACAUAUAUUACAGGUUAAACGUUUCUUACAAAUGUAACAUGUAAAGUUACAUGUAAAAUUCUAUUUAUAAAUGUUACAUGUAAAAUUUUACUUACAAAUGAUACUACAUGUAAAAUUUUACUAACAAAUGCUACAAGUAAAAUAUUACUAACAAAUGCUACAUGUAAAAUAUUACAAACAAAUGUUACAUGUAAAAUAUAACAAACAAAUGUUACAUGUAAAAUAUUACAAACAAAUGCUACAUGUAAAAUAUUACUAACAAAUUCUGCAUGUAAAAUUUUACUCACAAAUGCUACAAGUAAAAUAUUACAAACAAAUGUUACAUGUAAAAUGUUAUUUACUAAAGAUACACAUAAAAUAUGUGCUAGGUGAAUGUGCAAUGUUGCUGUAGAUGUAAGAUGUAUAGUUGUUUAAAUAAUUUAGAUAUGUAGUUGUAUGAUUAUUUGAAGAUGAACAAUAAGACAGUUGUUGUUAGUUAAACUUGUUGUUGAUGACAUUUUGUUAGCAUUGAUUAAUUAGCUUGUAAUUUCCCAAUUGCUUAAUUGUGCUUUUACUUAGUUAUUAUUUUGUGUAAGAGAUUUUCUAAUUCAAAGUUAAAAUUAUAGAAUUAUUUAUUUUUAGCUCCAAGUGAGCUUAUGCCAUCACUUCGUGUUCGUCGUUGUCCGUCGUCUGUCGUAAACUAUUUCAAGAAUCUUCUCCUCUGAAACUACUGAAAAAUACUUCCAAACUUUAACUGAAUGUUCCUUAGGGUAUCUAGUUUAUAAAUUGUAUCCGAAGUUUUGAUCUAU